AUGUCUUUGAAUAAUCGCAAAGCAUCUAAACUUCCCACAAGUCGCAUCCAGGCUGUUCUCAAUUCUCCGCGUAAAAUAAAAAAUGCUCAGGCACCUUCAGUUAAAAGACCUGUUUCUUCUACCUCCAUUAGUGUGACUCGAGAGCCUCCCGGGGGAAAAUGCAUUGGAACUAAAAAUAAGACCAGCACAUCCUCUUUGAAAAGGAAAAAUAACGAUACUACCAAGGAAAAUGGGAGAAACGUGCGUUCAAUUCCUUUUGAUUCGGGUCGCACGACUCAAAGAGCACCAACAGGCGGCACAAAAAAAAGCAUAAACGUCCGCAGUCGAAUUCAAUAUCCACCACCGCCACCACAACCCCCUUCACAAGCUGAAAUCUUGCAAGAGAAAAAUGCUAUACUUAGAGAUGAGAUUCAACAGUUGAAAAAAGAAAGAGAUGAAGUAACCACCCUAAAUAUACAGUCUAGAAAUGAGGUCCAAGAGAUGAAACGUUCGAAAGAUGAAUACAUUGCAGAAAUUGCUAAGAUAGGAGUGCGAGUAGAUAAUGCACAGGCUCGUAAGAGAGAGGUCGAAGGCAAGAUUUCUGAUUUGAGAAAAAAAUGCGAAGUUUUAUCCGAUGAAAAAUUCGAAUUGACUUCCCAAGUUGAAAUUUACAAAAAAGAAUUUGAAACAGCCCAAAACUCCAUUCAGGAGCAAGAUGAAAAGAUGGAAUACAAUUUAAACUUUAGUCAAGAACUAACAACCAAACUACAGGAACACGAGUAUCUUCGGCGGGAUCUACACAACCUUGUUCAAGAUCUUAAAGGAAACAUCCGUGUUUUUUGUCGAGUUCGACCACCUCUUGAAUCAGAAAGUGAUGAUCUCGCAGAUUUAAAGUACCCUAAAGAAUCACCAGUUAAUAGAAAAAUUUCCCUCACUUCAACAACAACUAACUAUCUAGGAAGAAAAAAAGAAAGGUUGAAAGAUUAUGAGUUUGAUCAGGUGUUUGGUCCUGAAACAACGCAGAAAGACAUUUUCAAUGAAGUUGCGCAUAUAGUUCAAUCGGUCGUAGAUGGUUAUAAUGGAUGUAUUUUUGCAUAUGGUCAAACUGGCGCGGGUAAAACCUAUACAAUGGCAGGUCCUAAUAAUCCAACGCCUGAAACCGAAGGAAUGAUUCCACGUGCAGUUCGCCUGAUCUACGAUCUCAUACAGAAUCUCAAAGCACAAUGCUGGGUGUUUAAAAUGGAGGGUCAAUUUAUUGAGAUAUACAAUGAUACCAUACGAGAUUUGCUUUCCACUAAUCCUUCCCAUUCCAAUGGCAUAAAAUAUAAACCGGAACACGACGAGAAUACUGGAACAACAAAAAUUUUGAAUGCUAAAACUGGCAAGUUCACUAAUCGAAUAUUGUUCGAUAAAAACUUUGUGUUAGUGAACCUCGAUUCCCCCGAUACCCUCAACCGAGCAUUAAAAAUUUCCGCCCAGAAUCGUGCCGUUGCUGCGACGAAAUGUAAUGCGCGAUCUUCGCGCAGUCACAGCGUCUUUAUGAUUCGGUUGACUGGAAUUAAUGAAAACCUCAAAGAACAACGAGUGGGUUCAUUGAAUCUAAUUGACCUUGCAGGUUCAGAGCGACUCUCCAAGUCAGAGUCUAAGGGUGAUCAACUACAAGAAGCUAAGUACAUUAACUCGAGUCUGAGUCACCUUAAAACCGUGAUUGAAAAACUUAGAAAAGAUUCGAAUCAUGUGAACUUUCGCGAUUCUCCAUUAACUUGGCUUCUGAAGAAUUCUCUUGGUGGGAAAGCCAAAGUCCUCAUGUUAGUCAAUAUCUCUCCAUUGGAGUCAUCACGGUCUGAAACCGAGAGUAGUCUUGAUUUCGCAACGUGUGUAAAUGCUACGCAU